AGUCUGGUGACGUAGCGGCGUCGGUGGCUAGCGUUUCUCAGCGUGAGGCAGACCUACAGGACUCUGUACUCCCCACCAGAAGAGCCUGAACGGAGAAGUUUGUACCAUUUAAGCCUUAAAGCCAUGGCCCAGAUGAGACUUGUUCCUCAGUCUUACAGCGACUGACAAGUGGCGCCCGAACAGGGACCUGAGUAUGUGGGCUGUUGAGAGGGACCCCGGAAAUAUUUCGCGCACAUAUACAGGGGACCCUAAGGAUCCUCGUUGGAUACCUGAGCGCCUCGUGAGAGUCUAUGGAUCCGGACCAGAUGGUGAAUUCCCUCCCCUGCAAUAUGGAUCCAGACCGGAUGGUGAACUCUCUCCCCCGCCAUAUGAAGAGAACGCGGCUCAACGACACUCCCAAUCCUCCCGAGAAACCAGCUCUCCAAGCUCGUCAGUGUCGUCUCUCCUGCACCACGUGGAUGGCCAACCCUCCAACAUGGGGCCAAUUGAAACGACUGACCCAGAAGGCGGAGGAGAUGUUGAUGCAGCAGCAAGUGACUAAGUCCCCACAAACGUUGUUUGUGGCUAUGUUGGCUAUUAUCUCUUGUCAGGUAGUUUUGGGUAAUACUGAUGCUUAUUGGGCAUAUGUCCCUGAUCCUCCAUUACUUCGCCCUGUAGAAUGAAAUGAUCCCUCAAUUCCUGUUUAUGUUAACGAUACUUCCCUUUUUGGCUAUCCAAGCAGUGAUUUUAUUACCCCUCUCACUGUAACUCGUUUUUCAUAUACUGCCUUUUCUUUGCGUGCCCCUAUCUGUUUUUCCAUUCCUGCGUUUUGGUGUAACCAACACGAAUGAUACCGGCAUGGAUGUCUUUCGGUAGGACCCAGGCCUUCUUAUACAUAUCAGUUCCAGUAUCGGGAUGAAACGUGGUCUCGCAGGAAUGGAUUUUGAAUAUUAUGAGGCUCUCCACUCCUUAUUUUGAGGCUACAGAGGAUCCUCCUAAGGACUUGCCUCCCUGCACUCAACAAUAUUGUCCCCCUUUUCUAACCCCUCAGAACCUUUAUGGUCAUAUCCUCCGUGGCAUCGAUGCCGAUAUUCUACACCAGUGUGGCAUCGAAUUAAUUCCUCAUACUACUGAAGCUGUUUUGGACUGGUCUUUUCCUCAACCUUUUGCUGAACUUCUUAUUAAUAAGAUUGAAUCUCCAGGGGGAUGGGUGGAGGGUGUCCUCUCCACCAAUUUAGGAAAUGUACAAAAUAAUAUUUGGAAGUUGAUGGCUGCUGUGGGGCCUGUUGUCCUUUCACAUCAACAACAUCCUGUUAGGAACUUAACCGCUUUUGUUAUGGCUUGUGUUCCAUCACCCUAUGCUAUUCUUACUGACUCUGUCUACGUUUUUCAAAAAGAAGGGUUUUAUGACAUAUGUUGUGAUAAUUGUAAUUUGACAAAUUGUAUAACCACAGGGGAAACAAACCGGGGAUUUCUUCUUGUUCAUCAGCCUCCCUUUGUUAUGCUCCCUGUAAAUGUUACAGGCCCUUGGUAUUCUAAUUCAGGUUUGCAGGUCAUGCAUGAACUUUCCCUUCUUUUACAACGGCCUAAGCGAUUUUGGGGGCUACUUAUAGUUGGAAUUACAGUGCUCGUUGCAGUCAUUGCUUCUGUAGCUGCUUCCGCUACUGUGCUGACUCAAAGUAUUCACACUGCCACAUUUGUGAAUAAUUUAGCUGCUAAUGUCUCUAAUGCUUUGGGAACUCAAGAAACUAUUGAUAGAAAAUUAGAAAGUCAUGUUAAUGCAUUGGAAGAAGUUGUUCUUAUUCUUGGAGACCAAUUAGCUGCUCUAAAAACUGCCUUUUCUAUGCAUUGUCAUGCAGAAUUUUCUGCAGUCUGUGUAACCUCUAAGCCAUGUAACGAUUCGCAGUGGUCUUGGCCUCAGAUUAAGAAUCAUUUAUUGGGAAUUUGGUCUCAUUCCAAUCUAUCCCUUGAUAUUACUCGCUUACAUGAGGAUAUCACAAAUAUCCAGCAUGCAGCUCCCCUAGAUGUAAAUCCAGUGGAAAUUGCUCGAGACAUAUUUACCCAGAUUACACGUACUUUUCCCCUGAGUUCUCUUAUUAACCUCCUUUAUCCUAUAAUUAAUUGUUAUUGGUAUUUUAAUAUUAUUGUGUAUUUGUUGUUUUCCAGUCCUCCUGCGAACUGGCUUACUUUUAUAUCUUUAAAGAUUACAACUAACUUUUAA